GUAAGCCCAAAGCCAUAAAAAAAAAACUUUCUUUAAUGUUUAAAUUAAAAAAGAGAAAAAAAAACUGGAUCUAACUCUGUUAUCUGAAAGGGGUAAACAAAAUUCACCAUUGAAGUAGCUUAAAUCCCAUUGAAGAAGAAGAAGAAUUAAAGAAAUGGAAAAGGAAGCAAAGAAAGAAGGUUUCAGGAAGUAUUUGGAGGCCAGUGGAGUUCUUGAUGCUCUAACCAAAGUCCUUGUUGCACUAUACGAGCAGAAUGACAAACCUUCUUCAGCUCUCGAAUUUGUCCAGCAAAAAUUAGGCGGUCCAUCACUCUCUGAAUAUGAAAAGCUACAAGCCGAGUUAUCAGAGCUGCAAAUCAAAUAUAAUAAACUUAUAAAAGAAAACCAAGAAAGAUGCAAAGAGUUGGAGGAAUUGAAACACACACAAGUAGAAGCAUCAGCUAAUAAGGAGCUUGACGUAGGAACUACUCAUGAUGAUGAACUCAAUACAGAUGUAGUGAAGUUUUAAAAAUGCCUUUAAAAGACUUCAAUUUUUUUUUUGAAUAGAGGAAGUUUGAUAUGUAAUGACGAUAGGUCAAAAAUCACGUGUCUACAACUGAUACCAUCUUCUAAUUCUUGAGUAAUAUAUUGUACAUGGCUUCGAUAUCAUGGAGCUUGCCCAUACAUAA